AUGAUUCUUUCUCAUUCAUUAUCAAGACCAGAACAUGUUUGGGAAGAAACGUGGAAUAUUUUAUCUGAAGAUAUUGAAGACAAGAAGAGAGAAGAAUAUAACAAUCCAGAUCUCAACUUAACUGAAGCACAAAUAAAGAACUAUGCUCUGCAAGAGAUAGAAAAGAUUAUGCUGUCUAAUGGAGAGUCUCUUAAAAAUAUUGGAAACUUCCCCCAACCAUCUACUGAAGGUCUUGAUAAUUCUAAUCGGUUAAUUGCGGAAGAAAUGAGGUAUGAUCGUGACGAUUUAAAAGAAAAACAUAGUGAAUGGGUUCAAAUGCUAACAUCUGAGCAGAAAGAUGUUUAUGAUAAGAUAACUGGCGCUGUUUUUAAAGAUCUUGGUGGAGUUUUCUUUCUUUAUGGUUUCGGCGGAACAGGGAAAACUUUUAUGUGGAAGACCUUAUCAGCUGCUAUUAGAUGUAGAGGAUUGAUAGUACUUAAUGUUGCAUCCAGUGGAAUUGUUUCUUUGUUGUUAGAAGGUGGUAGGACAGCCCAUUCAAGAUUUGUUAUACCUUGGGUAGUGGAUGAUUAUUCGUUAUGUAAGAUAAAGCCUAAUUCGGAUCUUGCAAAUCUCAUAAAAGAAGCAUCUCUAAUUAUCUGGGACGAAACACUAAUGAUGAGCAAGUACUGUUUUGAGUGUUUAGACCAAAGCUUCUCUGACAUUCUUGGUAACGUCGAGAACAAGGUUUUCGCAGGUAAGGUUGUGGUUUUUGGAGGUGACUUUAGGCAGAUCCUUCAUGUCAUAAAUGGUGCUGGAAGGGCUGAAAUAGUGUUAUUAUCUCUAAAUUCUUCUUAUUUGUGGGAUCAUUGUGAGGUGCUCAAGCUGACUAAGAAUAUGCGCUUACUCAAAAAAAACUUAAGCGUGGAAGAAACUAGGGAGAUUCAAGAGUUUUCAGAUUGGCUAUUAGCUGUUGGUGAUGGAAGGAUUUCUGAACCUAAUGGUGAAGCAGUCAUUGAUAUUCCAGAAGAAUUUUUGAUCACAGAAGCAGAUAAUCCAAUCGAAGCUAUAUGUAGGGAAAUAUAUGGCAAUCCUGAAUUGUUGUGUGAUAACAGUAAUGUUGAAUUCUUUCAGAAGAGGGUCAUUUUAGCACCAACCAAUGAUGACGUCAACAUAAUAAACCAGUAUAUGUUAGAGAAAUUAGAAAGUGAAGAGAUGACCUACCUAAGUGUUGAUAGCAUUGAUCCUACAUAUGUAGAUUCCCUGAAGAAUCCAGCGAUUACACCUGACUUUUUAAAUAGUAUAAAGCUAUCAGGUUUGCCACAUCACACCCUACGUUUGAAAGUUGGAGCUCCUGUUAUGUUGCUUAGAAAUAUUGAUCCUAAGGGUGGUCUAUGUAAUGGUACUAGACUUCAGAUUACACAAAUGACUAAUCAUGUUGUAGAAGCAAAAGUAAUAACAGGAGAUAGGAUUGGUGAUAUAGUGUUGAUUCCACAGAUAGUUCUCACACCAUCAGAUACGAAACUCCCAUUCAAAAUGCGUCGAAGAUAA